UGAGUGUUGUCUGGUUCUACCAGGCGGGCGGGCGUUGUCAGACAGAGCCAAGCCCACAGGACGUGCAGUCAGUCUGCUGCUAAUGUCUCUGGAGGUAGCUUGUAGGGAGCUAGCCAUGAGCUAACAAGUAGCUAGCUGAGUCUUCACAUCUUGCCACCAUAAUUCAACCUUUGUCAGACGUCGUGCCGAGGAAUUAUUCGGCCCCCUGUUGCACCUGGAUUUAAGGUCUUCAUUUCACAAUCCUUCCCUGCAGCUCCACCUUGAACUUUCUACCUUUCACACUCUGAUCUCCCGGUACACAGAGCCAUGGCAGCUGCAAAGCCAAAAGGGCAGAACUCUCUAGCCCUUCACAAAGUGAUAAUGGUGGGCAGUGGAGGAGUGGGGAAAUCAGCCCUGACACUCCAGUUCAUGUAUGACGAGUUUGUUGAAGACUAUGAGCCCACCAAAGCAGACAGCUACAGGAAGAAAGUGGUGCUGGACGGAGAGGAGGUACAGAUAGACAUCCUCGACACGGCCGGACAAGAGGACUAUGCAGCAAUCCGGGAUAACUACUUCCGCAGCGGCGAGGGUUUUCUCUGUGUAUUCUCCAUCACUGAGCUGGAGUCAUUUGCAGCAACAGUAGACUUCAGAGAGCAGAUUCUGCGAGUGAAGGAGGAUGAGAACGUGCCCUUUCUCUUGGUUGGUAACAAGUCCGAUUUGGACGACCGACGGCAGGUCAGCGCAGACGAGGCGAAGGCACGUGCUGAGCAGUGGGGCGUGUGUUAUGUGGAGACCUCUGCCAAAACCCGUGCCAAUGUUGACAAGGUGUUCUUCGACCUGAUGAGAGAGAUCCGGGCGAGGAAAAUGGAGGACAGCAAAGAGAAGAAUGGCAAGAAGAAAAGCAAAAGUUUGGCCAAGAGAAUUAGAGAGAGAUGCUGCAUUUUAUAGUGGAAACAGCGAGCAGGAUGGCUGCUUAUGUACAUAUACAUUUCUCAGACUUUUGCAUUUAUUUUUUGCCCAUACCUGACCAUGACUUUCUGUUCCUGGCUAACAGGACAUCUGACCGUGUGUCAGGGAGUAGUAAGGUGGCACUCCAUACACCAUUUAUAGCUCUAACUUUUUAUGUGCUGACACUCCAAAUAAUUUAUGUUCAUUCUCUCUCUCU